ACCCUCUGCCCCCCCAUGCCAGCUGCUCCCAGGGGUGGGGACCGCCUGCCCCCCCAUGUCUGCUGCUUCCAGCUGGGGGACCCCACGCUGAGCGUGCUGGAGAUCUGGGGGGCCGAGUACCAGGAGUCCAACGCCCUCCUGCUGCGCCCCGCUGACGCUGAGCUGCUGCAGCGCCUGGGCCAGCGAGAACGCUGCCCCGUGGACAUCGUGGGCACCAUCACCGGGGACGGCCGGAUUGUGCUGGUGGACGACCUGGAGGCCCCGGUGACGGACGUGGCGCCGGUGAAACCCGGUGGGAAGACGACGUCGGUCGACCUGCAGCUGGAGACGGUGCUGGGCAACAUGCCCCGAAAGGAAUUUGUCUUGUCCCGCCGCAGCCCAGCCCUCCGCCCCCUGUGCCUGCCCCCCGGGCUGAGUGUGGGGGGCGCCCUGGAGCGGGUCCUGCGGCUGCCGGCCGUGGCCAGCAAACGCUACCUGACCAAUAAGGUGGACCGGUCGGUGACGGGGCUGGUGGCCCAGCAGCAGUGCGUGGGGCCCCUGCACACCCCCCUGGCCGACGUGGCCGUGGUGGCUCUGUCCCCCUUCGAGACGGUGGGGGCGGCCACGGCCCUCGGGGAGCAGCCCCUCAAGGGACUGAUCGACCCGGGCGCGGGGGCCCGGCUGGCCGUGGGCGAGGCGCUCACCAACCUGGUCUUCGCCCGCGUCACCGACCUGCGAGACGUGAAGUGCAGCGGGAACUGGAUGUGGGCGGCCAAGCAGGCGGGCGAGGGCGCGGCGCUGGUGGACGCCUGUGGGGCCAUGUGCCAAGUCAUGGCCCAGCUGGGGGUGGCCGUGGACGGGGGCAAGGACUCGCUCAGCAUGGCGGCCCGCGUGGGCACGGACAUCGUCGUGGCGCCCGGGACAUUGGUCGUCUCAGCCUACGCCGUGUGUCCGGACAUCACGGCCACCGUCACACCCGAUCUCAAGUGCCCCGAUGGCAAAGGGGCCCUGCUGUACGUGGGGCUGUGCCCGGAGCGGCACCGGCUGGGGGGCAGUGCCCUGGCCCAGUGCUAUGCCCAGCUGGGGGAUCGCUGCCCCGACCUGGAGAGCCCGGGCACCCUGGCCGCCUGCUUCCGCCUCACCCAGCAGCUGCUGCAAGAGUCGGUGCUGAGUGCGGGGCACGACGUGAGCGACGGGGGGCUGGUGACCUGCCUGCUGGAAAUGGCCUUUGCCGGGAACUGUGGGCUGCAGGUGGAGAUGGUGGCACCCGGCGCCAGCGCCCUGGAGGUGCUGUUCGCCGAGGAGCUGGGCCUGGUGCUGGAGGUGCCCAGCGCGGCGGCAGGAGACGUCUGCAGACGGUACGAGGAGGCUGGAGUGCGGUGCCUGCCCAUCGGGCACACGGGCCCCCCGGGCCCCCAGUCCAUGGUGCGGCUGCGUGUCAACGGGCAGGAAGAGCUGGCGCGCCCCGUGGGGGAGCUCCGGGCCCUCUGGGAGGCCACGAGUUUCCAGCUGGAGCGGCUGCAAGCGUCACCCCACUGCGUGGAGCAGGAGGAGAGGGGGCUGGCGCAGCGCCAGGGCCCCACCUUCACGCUGACCUUCGACCCCGCGGCCAAGCCCCCGCUGCUGUGCCAGAUGGCUCAGCCAGGCCCGCGCGUGGCCGUCCUGCGCGAGGAGGGCAGCAACGGGGACCGCGAGAUGGUGGCAGCUUUCGUCAUGGCGGGGUUCCAGGCCUGGGACGUGACCAUGCAGGACCUGUGCACAGGGGAGCUGACCCUGGAGUCGUUCCGGGGCCUGGUCUUUGUGGGGGGCUUCAGCUACGCGGACGUGCUGGGGUCUGCCAAAGGCUGGGCAGCUUCGGUGACCUUCAACCCCCGGGCGCGGGCCCAGUUUGAGGCGUUUCGCCGGCGCAGGGACACGUUCAGCCUGGGCGUCUGCAAUGGCUGCCAGCUGAUGGCGCUGCUGGGCUGGGUGGGGGGCGAGAGCCCCCAGAGUGACCCCACGGAUGGGGCCGUCCGUCCCGGGGUGCUGCUGGCCCCCAACGAUUCGGGCCGGUUCGAGUCGCGUUUCGUGGCGCUGGCCAUCGAGGAGAGCCCGGCGGUGAUGCUGCGGGGCAUGGCUGGCUCCACCCUGGGAAUCUGGGUGGCACAUGGGGAAGGUCGCAUGCGUUUCCGCUCACCCGAGGUGCUGGCUGCAGUGACGUCGGGGGGCCUGGCCCCCUUGCGCUACGUGGAUGACCAGGGCCAGCCCACCCAGGAGUAUCCCCUGAACCCCAACGGCUCCCCGCUGGGCAUCGCCGGGCUCUGCUCGCCCGACGGGCGCCACUUGGCCAUGAUGCCCCACCCCGAGCGCUGCGUCCUGCCCUGGCAGUGGGCCUGGAUGCCGCCCGCCUGGCGCCGCACCAUGGAGGUCUCGCCCUGGCUGCGCAUGUUCCAGAACGCCUGCGAGUGGUGCCUGCGCCACCCCGAGGGGGAGUCCUGACUGCGGAGCCCGGGCGCCAGCCGGGGCUCAGAGCCAAAGGGCCGGAAGUCGCCACGGGAUUUAAGACCCGGCUGGGACCGGAGACACGCACAGGCUGCUGCUCGUCCGUUUGUGCAAAGGAAAAACUCGUGUUUCAAGUGGCCCUUGUUCUCCGAGGUGGCGGGACUGGCCAGCUGGAGCCGGCCCUGGGCUGGGAUCGCAGGCAUCCUCUGUCCGCGACAGCGGGGGCACUGGGAACGGCCCCGAGCCGAGCUCACAGAGGAAAUUCAGCCCCGGGGAAAGGGUCUGCUGCCUUGGCAAUGAAAAGGAAACCAGCAAGGAAGAAGCGGGAUUUGCUAACUGCUCGCGGUGCUGCCAGCUUAGCGAUUCUGUCACGAGAUUUCCAGCCGUUUUGGUUUCCCUAGCAAAGAAAUGUGUCCGAGUGACCUGUGUAAAUGCCUCCCCGCACGUGGGGCUCAGCUCUGGUUCCUUGGGGCCGGGGAGGGGGUGAAAAUCCAGCUCCCGUGGGCGGGGAGGCGGCAGCUGCCCCGAGGGGAGACGUUCUGAGCUGCUUGGUAAUAACCAGCCGGCCCCGCUCCCUGGCUGGGGGUGGUGCAGGGAAAACCAUUUCUCGCUGGAUCCCGGAGGCGGUGGCCACUGCCCUGGUACCUGUCAGAAUCCCCCUCCCUGCGUACGUAUCCUGGGCCCCCUCCCCAGCCCGGGGGAGAACGGCUCCAGAAAGUCGUGGCUGGCAACCUGCCGCAUGGGGACCGCUGGGAAAUGUCCCAUUGGUCCCAGGCAUGGGGCUGGCUGGGCAUCCCUCCCAUGGGGCGGGGAGCUGCAACCCGUGGUCCUGGGAGGAGGCUGGACCCGCUGCCCGUGGUGCACUGGGGGGCUGUCCUUGGAGGGGGAGCGGGGUCUGGAGUGGUGCAUUGGGCCGGGAAAUUCCCAGUGCUCAGAGCAAUGGGGGCCUGGGAGGUAUCCCUGACCCCCGGUGCCAUGGGCCGGAGUGCGCACAGCCAGGGCAGGGGGAGGGCUGGGCCCCAGGCCCCUCACAGGCACCAACCCAGGUUACUACCCUGGCCCAGGGUGGCACCGUCCCCGGGGGAGAUCCCCUUGGAACGCUGCUCCCCCGGCCAGAGUAUUUCCAAGCGGGUGGGAAACGCCGCGUGCAACAGGCAUUUCGCCCCGUGAGGACUUGACUUAUGAACACUCAGUGGCCAUUUGUCAUCAAUUCUGUGGGAUUCUUGCGCUUUCCUGCCCUGGGUGGGGCUCACGAGUCAGGGUGCUCAGACGCUGAGCCCACCCCAGAGCUGGGUGCAGCCCCCGGCCUGGCAGGCUCUGAAUGAAGGCAGAAGAUGAGGCAGGUGAGGGGGGGGUCACGCUGCCGGUGAUGGACGUUUUUAAAUCAGUCCCUCCGUUACCGUGUCUGGGAUUGAUGUCGGGCUGACAGGCCUCUAACUACCUCCUGUUUCUCCUUUGUAAAAACUGGCCCAACACCAGCGUUGUCCCGGGACUUCCCCCGUGCCGGUGACCCCCCGCGAGCGCCUCGGCCAGCUCUUUGAAACGCUUGGCUGCAAGUUCUGGGGGGCUGCCGGGUUAAAGUGCUAACAGCCUGCAGAGAGAGCGGUGGAAUGGACAGUGCCAUGAGACGCCGUCGUCUCUUUGUAACCCCUUGCCCCUGAAAUGCUGCUGACUCUGGGGAGGAGCGUGGCCUGCCAAGGGAGAGCACCCACUGCUGCCUGCAGGAUAGGCCCCCGUCCUCUCCCGCUGAUCCGCAUGACACACCAUGGCCCCAUCUCUGAGCUUGGAGUGUCGUUUCUAUCCCAGAAUAGCCGAAGAAUUGGUACGGGGGGUUGCUGCUCCAAGCACAAGGAGUUUUACUCUGUCAGGGGUUGUGCCGUGCGACCGGAGAAGAGCGAACGUCCUUCCUGUGUUCAACAGCGGUUAAAAUUCAGCGCUUCAAAGGCCGGAGGGGGCCGCUGUCCACGUCUGGCCUGACCCCCUGUGUCACGCAGGGCGGAGGACGGCCCGUCGGCCCCAACCCCUUCCCAGAGCAAAGCUGUCAGAGCCGCAUCCCAUCUCGCUUGGAAAAGGGCCAGCGAUGGAGAACUCAGCCGGCCGGCCGGGAAAGUGUUCCCCUGGUUACAUUACUCCCACUGUUCUUUCCUAUCUGAAUUUGUCCAGCCUCAGCUGCCAGCCGUUGGGUGGUGCCAGACCAUUCCCUGCGAGAUGGACAAACAAGCCCGUUAUUAAAUCUCUUCCCCGUUGUGCCGGAGCGGGGAUUUUCCAUAAUA